GCGCAGUUCGAAGUUGGAGACUUCGUACUGUACGCGAAUGUGUGGAAUCGGUCGCGAGGGAAGUUGCGCGUCCGUUGGUGCGGACCUGCUGAAGUGACUGGCACGACGUCCAAUUGGAUUUUCACCAUCCGAGAUAUCGUCACAGAUGAUGUGCGUGACUGUCAUGCCAGCAGAUUGAAAUCCUUUGCGGACCGCGAGCUGCGGGUGGAUACUGAGCUGCCGGAGCAUGUCGCUCACAGGAACGAGGGACAUGUCGUGGAGAGGCUGGAAGAGUGCCGCUUCAGCACGGAGACGAAAGCAUUUGAACUGCGGGUGGAGUGGCGAGGACUCGACAGCAUUGAAGAUUCGUGGGAGCCUGCCAGUAACAUCCAAGAGAACGUUCCGGUGUUGUACAGGGCGUUUGUGAGAGCUCACAGCGAAGAAGCGGUCGUGAAGCGCAUGACCCGCGCUCUCGGCUAA